GCGACGCUCGCGCUUGAUGUUGGUUGCUGUUGGCUGCUGUGACAAGUGAAGGCUAACAUUUCAGCAUGGCGAGCCCCGCAGAGGCUGCUGACCCCGCAGCGUGCACCUUCUCCCAGGUGGCGUUCACGGACACCCCGCACUCAUACCCGCCUGCGACCCCCAUCACCUGCUGCUACAGCCUGUCCGCUGCCUUCCAGCCAAACCGAAGGGACUGGGUGGGCAUCUUUAAGGUCGGUUGGAGCACAACAAAGGAUUAUCACACCUUUGUGUGGGUGGAGCCGAGCGUGGAUGUGGUCGGUCAGGACGCAACCGGGCAGGUUGUUUUUAAGGAGUACUACCUGCCUAAAGAUGAGAUCGAGUUUUACCAGUUCUGCUACGUUGACAGUACGGGUCAAGUGCGAGGAGCCAGCACGCCGUUCUGUUUCAAAAACCCGGUGGAGCAAAGCAUGGAGAGCAGCCCGGACGAUGACCUCCUCGUUAUUACAACACAGGAGCAGGUCGAACAGAGCGUACGCGAGAAAGCCGAACUGCAGAAAGAGUUGAAUCAGAUGAAAGAGGAAAACGAAACCUUAAAAAACGACCUGCAGAAGAAUCAGCAAGAAGCCGCCAGCUUGAAGGGGCAGAAUGAGCAGAAGGAGAAAGAAAUGAGUCAACUGGUCAAAGAAAUGGAUCAAAUCAAGGAGCAAAAUGAAAACUUGAAGAGCACUUUACAGCAGCAGCAGAAAGAGACGGACAACUUAAAGGAGGAGCUGUUGACCCAAAAGACAAAGCAGAUGGAUUUACAGCAGCAUGAGCAGAAACAACGGAGUCAAAGCUUGAGAUUAGAGGGAGAAUCAGCACAAAAUGAAAAAUACGACAGAGCUGUGAUGAAGAUCAACAACCUGCUCAAAGAGGAGCGUGAGGAGCUGAAGGGGAAGGUUGAUGCUCAGAGUUCGGAGAUUGCCAAGCUAAAUUCCAAACUCAGAGAACAAGAAAGGGAACUGCUCAAAACAAAAGACAGCAUACAGCUUCUUCAGGUUGACCUUCAGAGCAGUGAGAAGGAGAAGGAGAGGCUCUCUGCCGAGCUGCAGAAGCUGCAAAGCAUCGCACACAACGUAGACGACGUGAAGCGCGAGAACCAGGAGUUGUGUAGGCGGCUGUCGCAGCAGGAGACGGUGCAGAACUGUCCAGAUGACGAUCUAAAGGUGAGGUGUCAGACUCUUGUCAGCCAGCUACAUGAAGCUCAGGCGAAGCUGGCGGCCGAGAGAGAGGACGCCAAAACCACCAAGAACCAGACUGAAUACCUGGAAAGACAUCUGCAGCAGGCCAGAGACCAGCUGGAGAGGGUGAUCUCUGCGUGUGAAGAGGCAGAGCGGAAAAGUGGCAAACUAGAGCUGCUGCUCAGAGAGGCGCAUGAAGCGAUCGCAGAUAAAGACGGCGUCAUCGAGGAGAAGGACCGCAUGAUGCUGCUGAUGACACACGAGAGAGAAGAGCUCACCAGAGAAGUCGAGAGUCUCACGAAAGAUAUCGAGGGGCUGCGCAGAAUUUGCGACGAACUCCAAGCGGCUUCCCCCGUCGAUUCGCCGCACAUUCAGCCUGAGAGCACGUCACCAGCUGCCACCCAAAACCAGCAACAGCAGGACGCACCUGAACAGGCCGAGAGCCUGUAUGAGAGCAUAGGGGGAGUUCCAGAACGAGAAGAGGAGUGUCUGGUGUGCCGUCACUGCCAGGAGAGUUUCCCCUACAUAACCCCGGAGGAGCUGGCGCAGCACGAGCAGAGUCACCGACUGUGUCCCUUCUGCCCGAUGAUCUGCGACAACAUGGAGCAGUCCGCGUUCGAGGAUCACGUCUACGGACACGACGUGUGAGAGCGCUUUAUUAUUAUACGCCUGCAGAAACAAAAAACAAAAAAAAAAACAGUCUUAUAAGUCGGGUGGUCAUAUGUAAAAGGACCAUACCGAUACUUUUGCACAUUUUCACUGCAAAUUUAUCUUCCUGUUGACUAUUUUCCAAAGCAUACGCAAGAGUUUUAGCCUUUUUUUUCCAGCUGUUAGUGUCCAUCAUGCAGAAAGAAUCAGCUGGCAGAGACGUAAAGCCGGCUAAGUAAUUUAACCCAUCGCAGUGAACAUCGUGUUCUUGUUUAUUUUGGUCAAACAGUUUCUCAUCACUACACGUUAAUGCAUUAUUUAAAAGUCAACAAUCACGCAACUGAGCAUCGUUUGAAUACUUUUUGUACAUUCAGUGUUUCUGUAUUGAAGUACAAAAAUAUUAAAUGUUGCCUGUUGUAAACCAGCAGACAUAUUCUAAACAAUAAAGUUUGCUGUUGAAUUCAAAUAUUAAUUUGUCCUUUUUAUCAGAGUUUCUGCAGCUCCUUAAAUUUUUUAAAAUUCAUGGAAUGCAGUAAUAUAAAAAUGAGGCCCUAAUAUAAAUAAAUGUUUCAAAAACAUAGAAAGUAGGAUACCAUGAAUCGUUUUUUCUUGUUGUUUUGUGGGAAAAUCUCAGAAUAAAUGGUGAAAUUUACUGAAAUUCUCUUGCAUUUAUGUCACACAGAUCAGAAGAGAACACAUAUAUACUUGACAAAUGAACAAGAUAAUGAUAAUAUGUUCAUUGUUUUCUAUGUAUUUCACUGAAGAAACGUCAGCAUUUGCAGUCGAUCAUCUAACUUUCAGAUUUGAAAAAGGCCGUGUUUCAUGUUGAAAGAUACAUUUGGCAUAUUAAAUAAAUAUUUAUGGCAGAACAGUCUAGUCUGCGGACUCUGUUUCUUUCUUCUUUAGUCAUCUCGAUGUGCAGAUUUUUAAAUCAGGAAUUAUCACCAAAAAAAGAAAUAAGAUCAUGAAUGCAACCCGACAUUCGAUAUCAGCUAUUGGUAUCAUCUAAUUUGGAUUCCUUUCAAUCAAUACUGUAAAAGUACUAACUGUCAUCAGAAAACUAAAAAAAAAGAAACUGACGACUGAUUUUCAUAUGCACUAAAAUUACUGACAAUUAUGUAAAAAUAAAAACUUGCCGUAUGCUUUGGAACAUAAACAGCAGGGAGGAACGUGUGAUUUGUAGUAAAAAGUCUAAAACAUGCUUAAACCAAAUAAUGCUCCUUUAAGUAGAUGAAUUUAAAAUAUUUUGCACAUUACAUUUAAAAUUGAAUGUACUAACUACAAUUCUAUAUCCACAGUGUAAUUUUUCAUUCAGAUGAAGUUGAUGAUCUGCUGUAAGUGUUUAUUUAACUCUUAAUUUCCGCUGAUUUUAAAGUGUGUGUGAAGGAAUAAAAUGUGGACGAGCGACGUGACAAUUUAUGUAAAUGAUGAAAUCAAAUGAAUGUACGUGCAUUUAAAUGCUCCUGCUGAUAUAAUAAAAAUCUCAAUGCUGA